AUGGAAGAAGGUAAUGUUUUGGGUAAAAUUGUUAAAAUUCAACUCAUUGACAAUAGGUGUGUUGUUGGAACUUUAGAAGCAGUAGACCAUGAUGGUAAUUUAUGUAUUAGACACCCGUAUGAAUGUAGAAUUAUUCCACCAAUUAAAGAAGGUGAUAAAGAAAUUAUUGAUGUUGUUAAAAUGAGAAGUACUGUUAUUCCACAAGGAUCAUGGAAAUCUAUUUCUAUUCCAAAUGAACAAAAGUAA